GAUCUGGACGGAGAGAGAAUAAGUGUGAAGAGAAUAGAGAAGAUGCCGGAGAACAAGGCGACAGUGUGCAGAACCAGCAGCUACCUGUCCCACUCUGCCUACAGGAAGAUCAAGCGGGUUCUGAGCUUCAGGAGGCGCGUGUUUGGCCAGCGGCUGGAGGAGACGGUUCUGUAUGAGCGGCGUUACGGGGUCCACAUGGCACCCCUGGUGGUGGAGCAGUGUGUGGACUUCAUCCGGGAGCGGGGUCUUCUGGAGGUGGGGCUGUUCCGCCAGCCCGGCCAGGCCACGCUGGUUAAAGAGUUGCAGGAUGCCUUUGAUGCUGGGGAGAAGCCAUCCUUUGACAGCAGUACAGACGUGCACACCGUGGCGUCUCUCCUGAAGCUGUAUCUGCGGGAGCUUCCAGAGCCACUGGUGCCCUUCUCCAGAUACCAGGACUUCCUGAUGUGUGGCAAGAAGAUCUCCUUGGAGAGGAAGCAGAGUUUGAUAGAACUACGGCAUCUUCUUCAUCAACUUCCAGUGGCUAACUUCAACCUGCUCAACUACAUCUGCCAGUUUUUGAACGAAGUCCAGUCCUAUUCCAGCAGCAACAAGAUGAGCAUCCAGAACCUGGCGACUGUUUUCGGGCCAAACAUCCUACGACCCAAAGCUGAAGAUCCAGAGAGUAUCAUUGGAGGGGCAGCCAUGGUGCAGCAGCUUAUGUCUGAGCUGAUCAGGGAGAACCAGUGCCUUUUCUCCAGGGAGGGGGGAGACAUAGAGGCCCCUGGCUCCUCACGUCCUGACUCUUACCCAUGUCAGAGAUGGAAAGGAGACCCAUUCGAGGGGCCGCACACCCAGCCCACUGCCCAGGCCCAGUGGCAUGACUCCAGCCUGGGCAUAACAGCCGAGCACCUCCCCCAACAACAGCAAGCUCACCAUCCUUCCCCUUGCUCCCGCCAGGUCUCCCUGCCUCUGAUCGCUGAGAGGAGAGGGUCGGCCCAAAACCCGCAUGAAACCAGCUUAGCCGCACGGCUGUCCAACACAGACCACCAGCGGCAACCAGCUGAGGUGUUCUCUCCAGUGAGUCCUGCUUCAGGGCCUCUGUACCACAGAUACACACCGUCCCAGCUAGAGUCCCAGCCCCCUGAGACAGCAGACAGCCCCCACCCUGCCUCCCAACUCACAGCCUCUGCCUCCACAGUGACACUACAUGCUGCCCCAGAACCCAGCAGCAUGCUGCACAGUGGCUGGAUGGGCCCAGAGGAUCCUAGCUGGGCUGCAGAGCAGGGGACCACUGGCACCAGUGGUAGCAGUGAGGCUCAGGACAGUACUCUGUCUGUCUAUGACAACCUGGACACACUCCAACGCAUGGAGGAGAUGGCUGCGGAUGGUGGUGGGGGCAGCCCUGCUGGCCCAGUGGAGGUGGAGGUGGGCAUGGCCAGCGUGGUAGACACCAGAAGCUCGUGGUCUUCCUGUGAGAUUCUGCCCCUGGAUGACAGUGGGAGUGGUGUGGUCAGAGCCAGCCCAGGACGGGGGUCCACCAGGUUCCCCUCCUUCAGGACCGACCCAGGAGACGAGGACCUCCAUCCUAACUCCCCAGCCUCCUCCUCUGCCCCCACCGAUGCCCCCCUGAGCACGGGCAGCUCGGAGGUCUUCCUGCCCUCUGCUCCCCCGGACCUCCACGCACCCCCAGCCUCCCAGGCCAUGCACUGGCUCCUGGCUGGCCUCAGACAACAGAUGGCCAGGCAGAGGGCUGAAUUUGAGGCCAAGAUCCAGAGGUAA